ACAUCAAUAAAAUCAAAAUUCUUUGAUUUUAAAUGAUAACUUAUUCUCAUUGUAAAUUACAAUCAUUAGGCUAUAAAAUGCAAAGUUAAAUAAACUGGAAAUGUGCACAAAUGAAUGAAGUUCUACAACUAUUUUAUUAUCAGUAUAUGGAGUAUGAAAUUAUUUAAUAUAAUUCCUGUAGAGAAUACUCUUUAUUGGGAUUGAAAAUUUAAUGAAAUUAUUAAUAGAAUCAAGGUCUUGAAAUUACCCUAGCCUAGUGUUGAUAACCACGUCAAUCAUUAUCAGUAUAUAUAAUGUAGAAAUGCGUAUGGUUAUUCCAUUAAAGUGAAACAGCUCCAUAGAGUAACUUCAUUUAUAUGGCACAUGUCUGAUAAUGUUUAAUAAUGGACCAAAUAUGUAAAGAACCACACCUUAAUAUAACAAUAGAUGAAAAUGAAAUUGUCGAUGGUGCUAAAGAAAUAAUUAAAAGAAUAAGACCUAUGUGGCCACUAAAUAAUUUGCAUUUUAAGUUUGUCAUGAUAAUAGGCACCCUACUGUGUUAUCAAAUAUUUACCACGCUUUUAAUGGUGGUCUGUUUUUCAUGUUUUGAUUAUAUAUUUACUGAUGGAAUCACAAAUAAACUUAUAGGAGUAUGGUAUUCUGGGCAUUACAAUGAUAUGGUUUUGGUUAGGGUAUAUGGACAUAAAACAGACUUGCUCAUUAAUAGAAAAGACGAAACAAGAAAUAUUCGAAUAUUGAAUAAAGCAGGUUUUACACAUUCCCUUUAUGCCACAUUUAAUAAUGGUUUAGCUUAUCAGUUUAUUGAAGGUAAUACUCUUACAACAGAGACAGUUAGAAAUCCCGAUAUAUAUACAUUAAUUGCUAAAAGAAUGGCCCAAAUGCAUAAGCUUAACCCUGAUAAUGAUGAAAUACCAAAACAGGCUUGUAUUUGGAAUAAGUUGGAAAAAUUCAUGGAAAUAAUGCCAAAAGAAUUUUGUGAUGAUACCAAACAAUCAAGGCUUGAAAAACUCAUAAAACCGUUUAGUGUAUUAAAGCAAAAUUAUCAACUUUUAAAAGAGGAACUUACAAAAUCAAAUAGCAAAGUAGUAUUUGCUCAUAAUGAUCUACUACUGGGAAAUGUUCUUUACAAUCAAAAGGAAAAUUCUAUCACUUUUAUUGAUUUUGAAUAUACUGCAUACAAUUACCAAGCUUUUGAUAUAGCAAAUCAUUUUGCUGAAUUUGCUGGUAUUGAUAAUCCUGAUUUUUCUCUGUAUCCUGAAGAACAAUUACAAAAGAGGUGGUUAUAUAUAUAUCUUCAGGAAUAUAAUAAUGUAAACUAUGUACCUGAAAAUGAACUUAAUUUGUUGUACGUGCAAGUAAAUAAAUUUGUUCUUUUAUCACAUUUUUUUUGGGGUUGUUGGGGACUUAUACAAAGUGAACAUUCAACUAUUGACUUUGACUUCUUAGAGUAUGCUGCAAUACGAUUUAAUGAAUAUUUCAAGUGGAAAGAAGAAUAUCUUAACAUGGAAUUGUAAAAUUUGUUGUUAUAUUUUUAUUGUUUGAUGUGUUUUAUGGAUUUAACAUUCCAAUUUUGUUGUUUUUUGUUUGUUGUGUUUUGUUAAAGUAACAUUCCAAAGUAAGCAUUGAUAUUAUGUAAAAAUUGAACAUUAUUUAUAUAUAAUAAUGUACAUAAGACUGUUAUAAAUAUUAAACAGUAUUACAGAAAUAAACAAAGUAAUAUAUGGAAGAAAGAUACUGUCUUUAUAACA